UUAUGUGUAUGCAUAAACAGUAUACGCAUGGAGAAUAGACAAUGCAACAAAGGAGUUUAGAUGAAUUUUGAGGCAUCUUUAAAACUUGGCCAUGGGCAGCAGGGUUUUUAUGUGUUUUCAAAGUUUUAGAUAAAUAACUUGAAAUAGUAACUAAUUCCCCGGCUAAUAGCUUUAUAUCCAAGGUGUUAGAGAACUUCUUCACCUGAGCCUCUCUUUGCUCUUUAAGACUACUUAUAGAAAAAUGACAUUUUACUUGAAUGUAUAACUUCUAAUUACCUUUUUAUUAUUGUACCUUUCUGCUAUUUUUGGUUGCAUACAGCAUGGAUCAGCAAGUAAAUGUGGUCAAGGGCCAAUUUUUUGUAAGCAAUUGGAAUAUUUGGGUCAAAACAUUGUGUCUUUAUCAGGCAAAGUGCCUUCAAGCGUCUUCAGUCAGGAACAAAAACCCACGUUUGCUGCCUUAACCUAACCAUGAUGUGGAUGUUGUCUUUAAUCAGCAGCUUGUUACACACACGUGUGUGAGAUAUGUACUCAUACUGUUAAUACUUAUUGUGCAUCAUUUCAAUUUAAUUUCUUUGAGCCUAACAUGCAAGUAGUUAUAUUAUGGACAUUUACACCCCCAAACCUGGCGGUUCAUGACAACAGCAGUGUUUUAAUUUUUAUGUUUCAAACCAAACAUUGAGCUUAGUAAAACUGUCAAUUCCAGCAACACAAUCUAUUUGGAUAAGUUCAUAUUUUUUCAAAAUAAAAGCUCUGAACUCAUAAACUCGCCUGCUGGGCCAGAUAUUGAUGCUGGUGGGCCAGUUUUGGCCCAUGGGCCACCAAUUGCUGACCAUUGCUUACAGCUUUAUCCUCCACUAUACCGAAUAUCCUUUAUAUAACACCAUAUAUUUGAGUAUGGACUACAUGUAUUUGUAUAAAUGUGAUUUAAAUCUUGAAAAAGGCUUGUAUUUGUCCAUGUGUAUGAAAAGUUAAUUUACCAAUUAUUCAUCAUAUUAAUUUUGUCUGAAUUAACUCUGAAACAUGUGUGAAAGGGUAGUGUUGUACAUGACUUUGCUGCUUGUUUUCUCUGUGUGUGUGCGUGUGUAUACAGGAGCCGUCUCAAGCCAUUUUAAUCCCUCACUUUGUGUCGUUCACUCCCCGUUGAUGAGAUUAGAAGCCGGGCACGUUGCGCCGUGCCGUGCCGUGCUAGCCCACCUGACCUGUCCUGUCCUCUAGUCUGCUGUGGACAGAUCGGGGGGCGGACCCGAAGGAUGUGACGUCGAGCUCGGACUGUACCUUGUACCAUAUCCUUAAACGCCGAUCUUCAACGCUGAUGUUUGGUAGGGAUUAAAAUGAGGAUGAACAUGUGAGUGAGUGAAGUGGACUCAGCAGGUGAACACAAAUAGCAGCAAAGUUCCACAGCCAUGGAUUUGACUUUUGUAUUAUCGGCCGUUAUCUUCACGCUUCUCGCUAUCGUGGUUGCAACGUCGGUGUUCAACGGCUCUUCGUCCGCGGCCGAUUUCGCAAACGGGUUUUUCGGACACAGAGGCAGAGACGGCGCUACCGAAGGAUCCGGUCAACCGAAGCCGAAGCAGAACGGGCAUGUUCCCGAGAAAAAAGAGGAGGCGGAGGCGGUGGAGGACUGGUGUGAGAUCAGCGGCAGCUCACACGACCACUGGGAUGUAGUGAAGUCAGAGGAGGCAAAAUCUCAACUUCAGCCCGAGGAACAUUCCUCCUCCUCCACAUCCAACCUGUUCAUCUCCACGCCUGAAUCUAGGAAACUUAGCUCAGACUCCUCACUGGAGGCCUCGUCAAGGAGGAGCUGUGGGUCGCUUUUUGGGCUCUCUGAUAAGGAGCUCCUAAAGUGUGCUUUCUCUCAUCCCCAGAGUGAAGGAGCCACAGAGAGCCCGGAGAUCGAUGAUAACGAUGCAGAUUCAGACAAUUCCUUAAGAUACAUCCCAGGAAAGGCACGAUCCCACCACUUGCAAAAGAUGAUGUCCAAAGACGAGCUGGAGGAGGAGCAAAGGGUGCAGCGGGAGCAGCUAGCCACCAUCUUCCAGCUGCUGAAAGAGAACAAGGAGACGUUUGGGGACGUGUCAGAGGGAGACAUGGAGGAGCAGCUCAGACUCUACUCCAUCUGAGACUCGUCUCAGCUGUUUGACUUGACUGUGCUCUUUUUACCUGUGACCUCUGGUGAGGGAGCUCAGCCCUCCACUGCACAAACACCAGUUCACAGUAUUUAACACAACUGUUCUCUCUCGCCCCUCAUCUCAUCUUGUAAUAUGACAUGCUGUUUUUGUUUUGUCGUUGAUUUACUUUGUUUGUUUGUUUGUUUUUGCUGUCAUUCAAACUGUAGUAAACUCAUAAGAGACCAAAGAAAAUGCUGGAUCUUUUCCAAGCCAGAGAAGAAUUGUGUUGUUUCCAAAUUGCACAUAUGGACGAAACAAUGUCUAUUACGUUUUAUAUUAUAAAAAAAAAAAAAGGGAUAACAUUUUACUUUGAUAGUCCACUGUUGACUCUCCAUUAGGAUCAGGUCAGUGGACGUACUAUUAACUAACUAUAAGUAGAUUGUGCUUCAAGUGAUGAUCUUCAGAUUCUAACCCUAACCCAUACAAACAUGCCUGUUAAUUACCACGCAACUAUUCCUCUUGUGUCAUCGAAUCAGAAAUAAAGGGACAUCAAAAAAUGUAACUUAUUACUUUUAAACUUUUCUAUAAACCCAGUUUUGUCUUUCAUGUUAUUUGUAACAGGGAAACUGUAAGGCCCUGACACCAGUCUGUUGUGAAAUAAACCACGCUCUGUCGUAUCGUGA